GCCGAUUCACAAUUGCUGCUUCGUCUUUUCCGUCUCAGAUCUGCAAUCACUAUUUUGUGCUUCCGUUCUGCUCUCGAUGAUGCUCUGUCGCCAUGCUUAUAUAUCUGAAUGUGUUUUUGUCUCAUACAUUUGAAAAAUGAAUCGCGAAUCAUCAUCGUCAUUAUUGUGGCGCCGGAGGCUUUCUUCAUUCACGGCGGUGUUUGCCGUUACAUCCGUGUUGCUAUUCACUGGAAUCUACACUACAGAUAAAAAAUUCAUGAAGUUAGGGUCAGUUUUAUCGGAGACGAAGAUUAAGAGCUCAACCUCAAUCACCGGGAAUAACCACCAGAUUAUCUCUCUCUCUCAUCGCAAGCUGCUAAAUAAUGGAAAGGGACAUGAGAGAGAAAAGGGUGUGGUGGAGCCAAACAGGAUAUGGAGCGACAAGUGCUCGAAAUCGGACAUAAUGAUCAUCCAAGGCGCGACGGAGGCGCUGCCGAACGGGAUUCCGGUGUACACGGUGGAGAUCAGCAACACCUGCGUCUCCGGCUGCGAUAUCUCGGCCAUCCACGUCAGCUGCGGCUGGUUCAGCUCCGCCCGCGUCGUGAACCCUCACGUGUUCAAGCGGCUACGCUUCGACGACUGCUUGCUUAACGACGGGAAGGCGCUCCGUAACGGCAGGACACUGUCUUUCCAGUAUGCUAACACGUUCCGUUACGCCCUCUCCGUCUCCUCCGUUAGGUGCUCGUGAAUGCACCACGGAUAUAUGAGAUAUGUAUAUACAGAGACCAGAGUAGAGGCAGAUCAAAUAGUACUAGUUCAGUUAUGAUUUUGGUUUAACAAAACUCUUUUUUUUCGUCAGAAAAUUGUAAAUGGGAUUUUGAUUGAUUCGAGUUGGAUUAGUGUUUUGGUAAGAUGGAAUAGCAUUGAAAAUUUGGAUGGGAGUGACAGUUGUUGAUUAAUCUCCAAUAAUCAUAAUAUUGUAAAUUUGUA